AGCCAAGUUAGUAAUCAGUCAGAAACACAUAUUGCUGAAGGAAGAGGCUGGUUGGGGAAAGGGUGCAGGAGGACUAAUGAGCUGGGAGCUACCAGCAAGGAGAAGAGGGGGUCAUGUUAGAGAAAGACUCACCAUGUCCACAGUUCUGUUGCUAGCUAACUGGAGAGGAAGUACAGAGUGAAGAGCAAAAACUAUGGAAAUGAACUCCGUUUGGAAGGCUUUUGAUUUGAUGUUGCUGACCUUUCUGAUUAGCUUCCUAGUGGCUGAAUAUAAAAGUACACAAGCAGCGACUCAAGUUCCACCAAGCAACAUGUCAACUGGACAGGUGUCACGCCAAUGCCAUACCAAUGCUACCUACUCAGUGUCUGUGCAGGUGAAUACCAAGGCUGUCCUCUCCUGCUUUACUUGCCCAGUAAAGGAUCUUGUAAUGACAACGUGGGAAAUACACCUCAGAAACAAAACUGCCUGUAUCAUAGCUUACAGAGAAGACAAGAAGGAAAGGCAGGAGACAAACUGUUCUGGUGAAGGAGUGGACUGGGAAUCCAGCCCUGAGUGGAAUCACAACCUUCAGAUAAGCCCAGUGACCACUGAGGAUGAUGGAUAUUAUAAAUGUGUUUUUGUAACACCUGGUGGCAAUUUCCAAACUGUCUAUCACCUCAGUGUGUUAGUGCCUCCUGUAGCAACCCUGUCUGAGGAAGGGAAUGGGACUGUUGUGUGCAAGGCUGUUGCUGGGAAGCCGGCUGCCCAGAUCUCCUGGGUCCCAGAGGGAGACUGCUUCACUGUGAAUGAAACUCACAAUGACAGAACAGUGACUGUGAAAAGCAUUUGUACCUUGGACGGCUUCAAUGAGUCUAAUGUCACCUGCUUUAUUUCCCAUUUGACUGGAAACGAGAGUCUGUCCAUAGAACUUCAAUCCCAUAGUUCCCUGACUGCUUUCAAAUACCUACACGUGACCCUUUCUGUUGUUUCCUUGGGCUUUCUGGCCAUCGUGGGAUUGUUUAUUUAUAAGAAAUCCAAUGGCUGCAGGACUUGUAAAUCCUCAAAGCCAGAAGCUACUCCAGGGGUUAGAGAGGAUGAAGUGGAGCCAUAUGCCAGCUACACAGAGAAAAGCAAUCCACUCUAUGAUACUAGGACUGAGGUGAAGAUUUCUACAGCUUCAUGAAGUGAAGACUUUGGGUUCGAGUUCCAGGCAGAACUCACCAGUUAGUUCAGGCUAAUCCAGGUGCAAUAGAAACCCACUGCUGCUUGUCAUGUCCUGGGAUUUCUGGGGAAGAGAAGACCCUCUUCUGAAACCUCGCAAUGUCAGAGACUCUAAAAAUAAGAGACAUACUUCCGAAUAGUCAUCAGAAGUGAGAGUGUGGGAAACUUAACAGCUACCAGUUGGUGCUCUUAAGAGCUGAUGGAUUACAGAGACAUUUCAGCAUUUGUCAUUUCCUAAGCACCCUUCACUUGACUAAUCAAAUUCAUAUUCUUAGCUAAUAUAAUAAAAUAU